AUGGAUCCCAGUUCAACAGGAACCAUGCAGCGGAUACAGAGUGAGAAGAGCAUCCUGGACGAGCCAGACUCUCCUCUCGAGCACAUCCCCUUCUUCUCAUCAGACCAGUCAACACCACGGACGCUGAAAAUCUACAGAUGGAGACAGUCUCGCAUCCUGUAUCACUCCAAUCUGCCAGUGAUCCCAUAUUAUCCUCCACGUUACUCAGACACUCUGGGCACAGGGACUCUCCCACACGUGUACAAUUACGACACGUGCAGGACCACAGACUCCAGAAAGAGUGACUGUAAGUUUGGCAGAGCUGGGAGUCAGAACGUGCUGAUAAUGGAUCCCAGUUCAACAGGAACCAUGCAGCGGAUACAGAGUGAGAAGAGCAUCCUGGACGAGCCAGACUCUCCUCUCGAGCACUUGCAGUUCCACAUUGUGGACUCACUGGGCCGCUGUCUACCAGCCUCACACUGA